AUGGCGGGGACGCAAGUUGGCAAGAAGAAGAAGCAGAAGAAGCGAUCCAACCCAAAUGACUCUGAUUCCACAGCCGACAAGGCUUCUUCAUCAUCAAGUCGUCGACAACAGCACGGUGAGCUGCUAUCGCUUCCGCGGUUCAACUUUUCCAUCCCCACGGAGUCAGUGGCGCAGGUCUUCUUCUUCCGCCAUUUUUCCAUGACGGGCGCGAACAAGUUCUACGCGAUACAGAGCGCGACGGGGUUGCCGACGGCGAAGAUGCUGGGGAUCUGGGCCGUGGGGCUGGCGGGCGUGGCGAAUUCUGAGAAGGAUCAUGGCGUGAUGGCGUUGGCGAGGACAAAGUACGGACUGACGCUGCAUUCGAUCAAUGAUGCUAUUCAGAAGCGGGGGGAGGCGACGACGGAGUGUACGGUCGGGGCGGUGGUGAUGAUGGCCAUGUUUGAGAUUAUUGCAUGCCGGGAUAGUUCGUCGCUUGAGGCUUGGGUUUGCCAUACGCAGGCGGCGGCGACGUUGAUACGGCAUUGGAGUGAGGAUGAGUGGAAGAAGGCGAUUGAUGUGCGGCCCUUUCUGCACUUGUUCUACUUGCUGGCGAUGAGUUGUCUUAUCAGACGUGUACCUGUUCCUACUCACAUCCGGGAGCUUUGUCGCUCUUCUCCCGCGUUAAUAUCAGACGGGGAUCUCUUGCCCGCUAGGCAACUAUUCGGCAGAAUAUGUAGGUUUACGGAUAUGCAUUCAUUAGAGAAUACCGACCAAGUGACGAAAAUCACCGAGAGGGUGUCCAGAGCUGUGAGCUUGGAAGAGGAGCUGCUAUCGUGGGAGUCAAAUCUCCCACCCGCAUGUAGAUAUACCGAUCCUGACAAGGGCCACGGAAAUUCCCACCACGUUUACGCAUGCGCCUGGCAAGUGUUCAUCUGGAACCAAUACCGCAUAUGCCGAAUCCUUGUCCAUACCAUGCUGUUACGAUAUCUCGAUUCACUCUCUUUGCCCGUCACGCAGGCACACCCCGCGCUGAUGGCGGCUCAUGCCUCGCAACAGGAAGCUUCGCGCAAGAUUCUGGCGACAAUGAUGCUCGAUAUUCGCGGCAGCGUGUCGUAUAUUCUCGGGAUGUACGAGACGACGAAGACGAGCAAUUCUUUGUCGCCUGAGCAUUCGGGGGUGUUUGGGCUACUGGGCUCGAUACAGGUCUUGAUAGGUGUUGUAGAUAUCGGUCGUGAGGAUGCCGAUUGGUUGAGUGAGAUGCUUGAGCUCAUGGGGAGUCGGUGGGGGAUUGGGCAGGCUUUGGUGCUGGGGAAAUAUCUCAGGGCAAAGAAUCGGGUGGGUGUAGAAGAUUGA